AUGGCGUACCCAAAGCUGGCCUAUAGAGGUGGUCAUCAGCUGCCACUGGAAUGGCCGCAUCCAGGGCCGUAUGGCUAUGAUCCAUACACCAACACGUUCCUGCCAUUGCCAUACUAUGGUUAUGGAUUUGGUGUAGAGUAUAGCUGGAAUCCUCCAGACCUACAACAAGGCCCUAUUCCAGCUCCUUAUUCCAGCUCCUCAGUUCCAUUAGGUCGUCCUCCCAUGGCAGGGGCGCCACAACGAGGAAGGGGUCGUGGUCGUCACGCACAACGAGGAAGGGGUGGUCGUCACGGCUUCAGCGCACCACGCGCACCACGCCAGCAUGGUGGCCCUGGACUGCUAGGCUCCGACCCUUCAAGCCAGCCACCUGCACAAGUGCAGCCUCCAGUUCCUGUUCCUCUUCCCUCAGAGAAGAGGGACCCGACUCCUCCACCGCCACCUGCUUCAUCGUCACCAAGCUCCCAUGCGAUGACUCCUCCCGUGUCAGAUCCGGUGAAAGGUUCCCAUGUCGAUGUGAGAAUGACUGCUGCUGCUAAGAUGGAUGAUGGCCAGGAUGAUGUGUUAGUAGGCUUGAGUGGCAGCACCACAGCCGCCACAGGCAAGAAGAGGUUGCUGCCACUAGAUCGACCAGCACCCUUGAAGAAUUCUGAUGUCGAUGUGAGCAUGGCUCACAGGGAUGAUGGCCAGGGUGAUGUGCUAGGGUUGAAUGUCUACAUGGCAAGGAAGAGGCUGCUUUCAAAAAAGGCCUCGUCUUUGCCAGCUGAUGCUGAUGCCGAGGAAGAGGCUAAGGACGCCGCUAGGAAGAAGACUCGCCUUGGCUGGGGUCAGGGCCUUGCAAAGUAUGAGAAUCGUCGGUACAAGAAGGAUGAUGAGACUACACAUAAACUUGUAGCUCAUGAUGGAGCCACUGGUGAAGCUGCUUCUUCUCACAGAUCAAGUCCGCCACUAGGAAGCAAAGGUCAUGGUGACAAUAACAGCUUGGACGACAUGCCCGGAAUGAGGGUUUCCCAUGUUACUGCUGCGCCUGCAUUGUUCUCCAAGAGUUCUAGUCGUCCACUAACAGCCGGAGACCUCAGCGAUCCUGGGAUGAAUGGAAGCAUAAGCAGCUUGACUAAGAAAGCUGUUUCCCCUGCUGAAGUGCCCGCACGCUUCUCUCGCAAACAUAACAAGAACUUGAUGGCAGAUGGACGCAUUGUUGAUCUUCAAAUUAUCUUCCCUAAAGUGGAUGCUGCCCCUCGCAAAGAGGACAACAGCAUUAGCAGUUCAAGCAUGACAGCAAUUGCAGUGUCUGCGCUUUCUUCUUCCUCUCAGGGAUGUGAUGCACCACCAGAUGAAAGUAGCAUGAAAUUUGCAAAGGCUCAAGAUAUUCCACCAAGAAUGGAAAAAGUAAUUGUUAAAAUGGUACAGAAGCCUAGGAAGAUUUUGCCGAAGAAUGUUUUGUCUGAUGAGGAGCCAGAAACUGAUGACCUUCAGGGAUCGAAACUUAAGGAAUGGUCACAGGAAGAAAAGGAUGUAUUUUCAGAGAUGAUUACAAAAUUUGGUAUGAACUUUUCCAAGGUGUCUGGAAUAGCAACAGUUCAAGCUACUAAAAAUUCUGAAAGGAUGAAGGCCAAGGCAGAAGAUGUAAAGAAGCCAGUAAAUCAAAUUUGCCAUGAAUCUACUGCUAAUCUUCUAGCACACAGCCUUCCAGAUAAGGGGCAUGGUGAGUCAUCUAUGGACGAAAAUGAACAUGUAACUCGAAAAGUUUUACUAGGUGAAUCGAAUGCUGCUCCAUCUCCACUUGGAAUGAGAUCUAGUCAAGCUGCCUGUUUGACCAUCUCCAAAACUGAGGCACCAGUGCUGGAGAAUUUCAAUGAGGACAGCUGUUCCAAUGAGGCAGUUUGCAUCACAAAGUCUUCGUCUAAGGUGAAGGAAAAUGUACCACAAAGUGUUCUGAUUGCAAACCAUGGUGAUGAAGGAAAUUGUGUGGCUGGUGGGUCAUGUGGACAGGAUACCUUGAAAAAAAUGUUUUUUCCUGAUGAGAUUAGUGCUAAGCUAGCAAAUGGUACCAUUAAAGGUGAUCAGAUCAGAAGUGGAGCUAAAACUGCUGAGCUCUGUUCUUCAUUGAAGGAAUGCAAUGAUGCUGCUAAGCAUCAUUCACGGAAACCAACUGAAAAGAAGCUGGCUAACUCAAAUAUUGAUGAUGGUAGAAUGGCCCCAUCUGAUAUGAAAAACCCUAAUAGCAAAGACAACCCCUGCAUUACUUCUGAUCCAGCUGCUAUGUUAACAGGUCCUGCAUUUGUACAGCAUAUGAUGGAAUUCGAUGAAGCAAUGGAGAAGAAAGAAUCAGAAAAAAAUGACGACAAGGUCAAAGGCAAGGAGGGAAAUAAUCAGGUUCUCUGUGUUGCAUCAAAACAUGGCAGUGGUAUACAGUUGAGCUGCGAAGUGAAUUCACAGAAGGAGAUGGAAAAAGUUGAUAGUAUCCCAAGCCUAGAAGGAAAUGAUCUCAAUGCAGACAUGGAAACUCCCACAAAGGACAGCAGUCCCUGCGUUGCCACUAAUGCUUCUUUAGUAAGAGAUGAUAGUCUCAUACAGCGACUGAGGGCUUCAGAAGCAAUGUAUAGAAACUCAGAAAAUAAUGAUGCUAAGGUCAAAAGUAAGGGAAAUGCUGUGCACAGUGUUGCUUCAAAAGAGAGCAAUGGUAUUCAAUUGAGUUGCAAUGUGACUGCUCAGAAGGGGAAAGGUAUUAUCCCAAGUCCUGAAGUGAAUGAUCUCAAUGCACCUCCUAUGCAGAUCUCAAAUGGAGCACCCAACACUUACCAUCUGCCAUCAAGUUCUGGUUCUGCUGCCUUGGACAUGGUUCAUGCAAACUCUUCUUACGUUGCAAUGGAUAUAGAUCUGAAUAUACCCCUUGAUGUGACACCACUAGAGGUGAGCUUAGUUGAUCUGGGCAGCAGUACUGCUGAAGCUUCCAUGGGUCGCAGUAGCGAGGCAACAGAUUCUGACGCAACAAUGGAGAUAAGUCCCUCACAGACUAUUACUAGUGUAACUCAAACUGCUCAGCAGCAACCUGCUAAUCAACCUGGCUCUAUUUUGCUUUUUGGUCGUGUCAUCUAUCAAGCUCCAUCCACUGGGACAACAAACCAUACUCCCAAUCAGGGAAACCAGACUGUUGUCUCCUCAAGCAACAUGCCGUCUAAUCCAGUGGUUCCUCUGAUAAGGCGAAGAGGCCGUGUCCAAGUAUAUCCUUCAUGGGCUACUACUGCUACCGUUUGGAGAAGUAGUGUCCCAAACAACCAGCAGGGCCAGCAAGCAAUGUUGUCAAACAGGAUCCUUUACGGUAGUUCGACUAAUGGUGCUUCAGCUUCUGUAGCUUCGCCACUCCAGCUUCAGCCUGGGAGCAGUGCCCUUGCCAACAUGAUGAACCAGCACAGACAACAGGCUCUGGCAAACAUCACUCCAUACAUAAUGAGAGGUGGUGUACCUGUAGUGCCCUCUCCUCAUCUGAUACAAGGAAGCAGCGGCGGUGCUGGCUUGGUUAACUUUAAUGGCUUCAAUUCGGUCCAACAGCAGUGGCCAUUCCCUGUCGUGGAUACAAGUAGAGUGGUGCUUGGCUACCCUUUCUACUACCCUGGCGCCACCGCAAACCAAGCUCCUGCUACAGUUUCUACCAUGCUAUCUAUUGGAACAAAUAAUGGAGAAGGCGCAUCAACAAGCAACGCUAGGUAA